GCUUGGGCGUCGAGAUGUCCUCUAAAAACGAUCUGUAUAGAAUCAAAGUUUGGAUUACCAAUGACCAUUUAUUCAUGUGUGCUGUUAUUCAGUGAAGAGUCUCAUAUAGGUUGACUAGACGAGGAAGGAGUGCCGGCAUGAGUGUGAUUUUAUGUACAGCUGGUUACGACCAUACAAUCCGUUUCUGGGAAGCUCUUUCCGGCAUCUGCUCUCGAACAAUUCAACACUCUGAUUCACAAGUCAAUCGAUUAUGCAUAUCGCCCGAUAAACGGUUCCUGGCUGCUGCUGGUCAUCACAGCGUCAAGCUCUACGAUAUCAAAUCUACGAAUCCAAACCCUCUUCUUUCCUUCGAAGGUCAUACUGGCAAUGUUACCGGCGUCGCAUUUCAUUGCGAGGGCAAAUGGAUGGUGACAAGCUCUGAGGAUGGCACAGUGAAGAUUUGGGAAACAAGGAGUGGUUCAGUCCAGAGAAGUUAUUCUCAUGGCACACCGGUGAACGACGUGGUCAUCCAUCCCAACCAGGGUGAGAUCAUAAGCUGUGAUCGCGGAGGAAGUGUGCGAAUAUGGGAUCUAGCAGAGAACAACUGCUCUCACCAACUAAUACCAGAGGAGGACGUACCAGUCGCAAGUGUCACUGUAGCCAGCGAUGGUUCAACGCUUUGCGCAGGUACCAAUUCUGGAAACGUCUACGUCUGGCACCUCCUCCAAUACCGCGAAAAGACUACCCUCGUACCUAUAACACACUUCACUGCCCACAAGAACUACAUAACCCGAGUCCUGCUAUCUCCAGACGUCAAACACCUCGCAACCUGCUCCGCAGACCACACAGCCAAGAUCUGGGAAGUUAAGGACCUAGAAACCAUGCUCCCAAUUCCGGGCCAAGCACCAGCCGCACAAAAAGACCCCAAGCCGUUCAAGCUCGAGAGCACAUUGACGGGCCAUCAGCGCUGGGUUUGGGACUGUGCUUUUAGUGCUGAUUCGGCAUACUUGGUUACGGCUUGCUCUGAUCAUUAUGCACGACUGUGGGAGCUGCAUAGUGAGCAGAUCAUUCGACAGUAUAAUGGGCAUCAUCGGGGCUUGGUUUGCGUUGCACUGAAUGAUUAUUCGGAGGCACGUUAAGAUGGACAAAGUGGGUAUCAUACGGCGUUCAGCGGGGCAUUUGGGGGCUGGGAUGGUUACGAAACGCGUCUUAGCUAGGAGGCAUCAUGUCAUACCCAAGUGGUGAAUGAAUUGAAUCUAUUGCA